AUGAGUGACGGUGUUGUUGAAAAGGUUGACCACGGCGACAAUGUCUCGCCAAGCCCAGAGAAGCGAAGCGCAGAGGUGGGCGAGCUCCGCACACGUUCUGUCGCACACCGGCCCCAGGAACGCCUCCUGCACGACCCAAACGUGACCUUUGAGGAGUACAUGUUCUAUGCAGCCCUAUCGCGGGCCGAAGAGGACGCGAGCGUCCACUUGAAGUCCAAGAUGGGUCUCAUGGAUGUACUGUUGCCCUCAAAGAACGGCGGUAUCCGUGAGCUCAAGGGAAAUGCAACCGGCAGCAGCGAGGCCAUUCAUGAGCUGAACUUGAGUGACCCGAAGAUCCGUGCGACCAUAUCAGAUGAGGAGUGGACGAACGCGAGUCGUGCUUUGCGUACUGCGACGGCAGCGGCAUGCUUUUAUCUUAUCACCACGGACAUCUUGGGCCCCUUUGGUGUCGGCUUUGCUCUGGGAACCAUGGGGUGGGGACAAGGCUUUGGCCUGUACACUAUCUUUGGUGCCUGUGCCGGAAUAUCUGGGUACCUCCUCUGGAAGGUGUUCCUGAACAUUGACAGCUAUGAAUUCCCUGCCAAGAACUAUGGUGACCUCGCAUACCGAAUCUAUGGACGGUGGUUCCGCUGGCUCGUCAACAUUAUCCAAGGACUGCAACUACUACUUUCCGUAGGCAACAUCAUCAUCAGCAAUGGCCAAUCCAUCUCGCAGGUGUCCAAGUUCCGCCUUUGUUACAGCAUCUGCUGUCUCAUCUGGGCGCUCGUUGGUUACGGCAUGGGACAAAUCAGAACUCUGAACAGGUUUACAUGGCUGGCCAAUUGGGCGGUGUUUCUCAACUUGAUGGUGAUGUUUAUCUCAAUGGGUGUCAUGGCGCAUAGUGAGCCCAACUACGACGCUGCCCAGGCCGGCGGAGCUGGAGCGGCGCUCGGGGGCGAGUCGAUUGCGCAGCUCCCUGACGGCUCGUACCCACCGGUGCGGACUUACGGCUCGGUGCCACCAUCCGACAAUGGCUUUGUUGGCUCGCUGGUCGGUCUCAUGCAGGGCGUCUACGCGUACGCGGGUGCCCAGUUGUUCAUCGAGUUCAUGGCCGAGCUGCAGCGACCGCGUGACUUCCUCAAGGUCAUGUGGGCCUCGCAGUUCUUCAUCUACGCCGUCUACAUGAUUUAUGGAUCAUUUGUCUACUACUAUCAGGGCCAGUACUCCAACAGUAUUUCGUACUAUGGCCUGUCUCCGUACAACUGGCAGACAGCCUGCAACAUGUUAGGCGUCCUCAGCGGCCUCAUUGCUGCUGUGCUGUACGGCAACAUUGGAAUUAAGGUCAUAUAUAACAAUAUCCUGAUCGAGUUCUUCAACUUUCCCCCUUUGACGACGCGCAAGGGCAAGUACUGCUGGGCGACCGUGGUGCCGAUCUACUGGAGCAUCGCCUUCCUCCUGUCCGCCGCCAUCCCCGACUUCUUCGGGCUCACCGGCCUGACCGCCGCGAUGUUCUUCGUCCAGUUCACCUACACCUUCCCCGCGCUGCUCGGCCUCGGCUUCAUCGUCCAGAAGGAGGCCAUGAGGGGCGAGGUGCCGUUCGAUCCCUACACGGGCGAGAUCCAGCGCCGCGACUCUGGUAUCAAGAGGUGGAUCAGGGGCUACUUUGGCCGGUACUGGUGGGCGUGUAUCCUGUUGACAUUGUAUGCGCUGGGUUCGCUUGUGGUUAGUGGUAUGGGGACUUACUCGUCUAUUGAGGCACUUAUUGCCGCUUUCGAGACGCCCCAGGUCAAUGCUUUCACCUGCCGGUCGCCGCUGGCUGGGUAA